AUGGCAGGAUUGGCAGCGUCUGACAAAAUUAGCGAUCUGACAUCGGAGAGGACGAAUUGGUGCAUCUGUGUGAAUGUGGUUAAGACAUGGGAGUCGUUUGAGUCUGACGGUUUGGUGAAUGUCAAUUUUCUACUCACGAAUGCAGAGGUGAUUUUCAACUUCACCGUUCUGAUUGACCAAUCUGAGAGACGUUUGACCAAGAUCAAAGCGAGAAUUGUCCUCAUAGAUGGAACCGGGAUCUCUCCAGGUGUAGAUCCAGAGGAAUAUCAGCCGAUGGAUUUGGUCAGCUGGAGGAUGAACGGUGAGUAUAUGAGCGAUAGUGACGGUUCUUCUCGUGGUGACGAGCUAUUUCAGAGAGGUAAUGUGAAGGAACCAAAUCAGCUAUGGACGUCUUGCUUGUGUGAUGUAUAA